AUGACAGAACAUGUUGUGUGCAGCAGGUGGCUGCGGUUUAUUAUGGUGAUUUUUUGGUGGAAACAAUGCGAUGUUGGUGAAAAUCUAGUGGCGGUGUUCUUGGUUGUUUUAACAGUGAUUCAGUGCUCAUGUUGCAUUAAUGGCUCAGUGGUGGUCGUGAAGACAUGUGUUGAUAGAUGUAGCUCCGGCUGUAGAGGUAAAAGAAAACAGAAAAAACAGGAGCUUUGUUUUCUUGACUGGUGGAAGAGGACUCUCGACAGGAACGGGUUAGAUCGGAAAAGGUUGGGACUAUCACAAACAAGACAAGGUGAUGAAUCCGGCGGUAGGUUGUGGUCGAGUAUGGAGGACUUUGGACGUGACCGAGGUGAAGGUCGGGUGUCUGGGAAAAGUCGGGAUCGGAUGAAGAAUUUGGACCUGACCGAGGUGGAAGUCAGGUGUCCGGGAAAGGUCUUGAAUCGAGAUGAAAAGAGGGUGAUUAAAGACUGCUGUGAACAAAUGGUGUGA